AACUAUAAAAUAAAAGAGAGGAGAGAGAAUGGCUGCUGGUGCUGGGUUUGCUUCUUUAUGAUCUUCCUCGUCUUCCUUCCUCCCUUCCCUUCCCUUUCUCUGCGCUCGAUCUUCAUUUUUUUCUAUUCUGUGUAGGGUUUCGAGUUCUGGAGCUCUCUUUUCUUCUCUUUCUUUAAUCCUCUCUCCACCUUCCAAUAUAAAAAAAGAAAGAAAGAAAAAACCCAAUCCAAUCUCUCUAUCUUCAUCUCCUAUUUCAAUCCUUCCUUUCUUUAUUAAUUAUUACUUGUUAAUUAAUUUAUAUAUAUUUUUACUUAUUUUUUCUGGGUUUCUUUUGAUGUGGGCAUGGCGGGUUUAGAUUUAGGAACAGCAUCUCGUUAUGUUCAUCAACUUCACCGACCAGAAUUGCACUUGCAGAUGCAACAAGAUUCCGACGAUGAAAACAACAGAGAUCACUACUCCGGUGAUCGUGACGAUACAACCCAUCACCAAGGACUCGAGCUUGUCUCCGCCAACUCAGGUCCAGGUGACCUCGUAGCUCGUCGACCCAGAGGCCGACCACCUGGUUCAAAGAACAAGCCGAAACCGCCGGUAAUUAUAACCAGAGAAAGUGCAAACACUCUUAGAGCUCAUAUCUUGGAAGUCGGUAACGGUUGUGAUGUGUUCGAUUGCGUGGCGACUUAUGCUAGACGCCGGCAGCGUGGGAUCUGUAUAUUGAGUGGAAGUGGAACUGUUACUAAUGUAAGUUUGAGACAACCGGCGGCGGCUGGGGGUGCGAUCGUGACGUUGCACGGGCGGUUUGAGAUAUUGUCGUUAUCGGGUUCUUUCUUGCCACCACCGGCGCCACCGGGUGCAACUAGUUUGACUAUAUUUUUGGCCGGAGGGCAAGGUCAGGUAGUUGGAGGGAGUGUGGUGGGUGCGUUGAUUGCAGCUGGACCGGUUAUUGUAAUAGCAGCUUCGUUCACUAACGUGGCUUAUGAGAGGUUACCGUUAGAAGAAGAGGAGGCGACGCUUCAAAUACAACCACCGGUUUCACAGUCUUCAGGUGGUGGUGGUGGUGGUAUCAUCAACCCGUUUCCGGAUCCGUCUUCAGGGCUUCCAUUCUUCAAUUUGCCGCUCAAUAUGGGGAAUUUACCGGUUGACGGUUGGGCAGGUAACGGAGGUGUGCGGCCUCAGUACUAACCAACUGGAAUCCAAGAAUGCUGAGUAGAGAUUAGAAAGCAAGAUCAUAAGAAAGGAAAGGUCAGGUCAGGUCAGGUCAGGUCAGGUCAGACCAAAUUCAUGGAUCAUCAACUCAUCUCAUUACAACACCUCUUCAUGUAAAAUUUAGUUUUUUCUUUUCUUCUUCUUCUUCUUCUUCAGUACUUGUUUUUUUUGGUUUUGAUUUUUAUGGAAAUCCUCUCUGGUUGUUAAUUGUUGUUGUUUCUUCAUGAUCUUUAUGGGAACCCUUAAUCUUCUUAGUAAGCAAAUGGGUUUGAGGAUUUAUGAA